UCGGUGAAUUUAACAGGGUGGCAGCCUGUCGGUUGAGUGGCAACAUUUCAUGCAGCUCUAGUUGCCGAAUUUAUGAGGAGCCAUAAAUUUUUUUUAUUUAAAAAAUUGUUAGUUAAUAAUUUGUACAAUAGUGUUUUUUCUUGUGUGUGUUUUGUAUGCCUUCUACUGACCCCAAAAUCCCAUUGAGAGCAGCUGCUGGGCCUUACACCUUUACACACAACGAAACGUGCCGGGAUUAAUACAGGCGGCAUUUGGGGGACAAAAAAAAAAAGAAAAAACAAAGCGUGCGCGUUGCUUGUGGCUCGCUGUAAUUAGGUUAAAAGAAACGACAGCAGCAUAACAGCAGCAGCGUGUGGUUAGAGUGAGCCUGCAUAUCAAUAAUAGAAACCAUGGCACAGCAGCAGCAGGGCAUGGAUUCGGCAUUGUUCGAGAGGCGACUGCGACCUGUCUAUGACAAUCUGGAAGUGGGUAACAAUCGAAAGGCGCUUCAGGAAUCGGAGAAGCUGCUACGUAAGCAUCCAAAUUUGCUAUGCGCACGUGCUCUAAAGGGACUGUCACUGCUGCGCUUGGGUCGCUACGAAGAGAGCCACAGCUGCCUUCAGGUUGUCGCCGAAGAGAAGCCCGUCGAUGAUUCCACGCUACAGGUGCUCUCCUUCUGCUACAGAGAAAUGGAGCAACUGGACAAAAUUGUUGACCUCUAUCAGCACGCAGUAAAGCAGAAUCCAGGUAAUGAGGAGCUACUGGCGCAUUUGUUUGUUUCCCAUGUGCGGGUUGAGGAUUACAAGGCACAGCAAGCGGUUGCACUGCAGCUGUACAAGGCUCAGCCAAAGAAUGCGUAUUACUUUUGGUCCGUUAUAAGCGUGGUAUUUCAGGGAAUACGAGGUCCUGAAUCAGCAAUUCCUGAGAAGCGUAAACUAUACCUGGCACUGGCACAGCGUAUGGUCGACAAGCACAUUAAGGAAGGCAAGCUGGAAACUGAGCAGGAAGCAUUCCUCUAUUUGCACAUAUUAAAAUUGCAAAACAAGUACCAGGAGGCUUGGGAAUUUCUUACUGGCGAGCUGUGUGCUAAACUGUAUCCAGGUGCUCCCGUUAGCAUGAAGUUUGAACUGCUCAAGGAGCUCGGCAACUGGAAGGAGUUGAAUGAACUACUAAAACAGCUAUUGGAGGCUGAUCGCGAUCGCUGGGAUUACUACAAGGAGUAUCUGAGUAGCUGCUUCGAAUUGUUAAAGAAGACGUCUUCUGAGGAGGGCACAGAAAAUAAUAUGCUCACCACUUGCCACGACUUUUUAUUGCACAUCAUUCAAUCAUCAGAGCGUAAGACACGUGGCCCCUACUUAGCACGAUUGGAGCUACAUCAACGGAUGCGUGCUAUCCAGCUACCAGCACAGGAGCUCAUUGGCGACUUUGAUCAACUAAUCAUUGAGUAUUUUCUACUGUUUGGCGAUAAAUCCUGUUGCACGCACGACAUUGCCCUCUUUCUGCCCUCAAUAAGCAUGGAGCAACGUCAAGCACUGGCCAGCAAACUGCUUUUUGAGAGCGGCAUUAGCUCAACUUCAUUGCCUCAGAAUAAGGAGCAUAUGCAAAAGCAUAUUUGUGCAUUGCAAAUAUCACGUAUGUGUGGAGUUCACAUUGAGCUAUCCGUAGAUCAUCUGUUAGCGCUUUAUACGGCACUGAAGCUGCACUAUGAGCAUGGAUACAGUUCGUUUGGUAAACAGCUGCUGUCAACGGAAAUGGGACCCUCAGAUCCGUAUGCUCUGCUAGCGGCCAACGUCAUGUACGAUAUCUCGUUGCGCGAACAAAAGUCAGAUCAACUGUUCGAAGCAUUGUGCUUGCUCCAGUACGUGCUGAGGAAUAGCACUAGCAAUUUCCAUGUCAAACUGUUAAGCCUAAAGAUUUAUCAUAUGUUUGGCUGUAUGCUGGGUGCACAGGAGAUGUAUGACUAUCUGGACAUUAAGCAAAUUCAGCUCGACUCGAUGGGCUAUGUUCAUUGUAAUCUAUUGCCGCUUUCUGGACGCUUUUCAGGUGUGCGUAAUUGCUAUGAUUCUACAUUAAAGUUCUUUACGAAUAGCUACAAGGAGCGACUGGAGUACAUUGCACUGACCUAUCGUUUCUGCACAUUCUCGAAAAUGGAGGAGUUCAUGAACUUCAAGGAGCGACUGACGAACAGUUUACUGUAUGUGGCGUGCUCGGUGGAAGCUCAGCUUUGCGAUCUGGUCAGCUGUUAUGGCAAUGUACAGCAAAAUCUGACCUCCUAUGUGGCAAUGAGUAUUGAACCCGCUGAUGAUCGGAUUGCUUGGAACGAGCUGAGCGACAAUCGUGACUUGGAAGCAAUUAUAAGAUGGGAUCCCUUGCAUUUGGUCGACGCCAAAGCUGAUCGCAAGGAGUCGUACGAUCAGGAGAUUGAGGUGCUACAAUUGCGUUCUCUGCUGCUCCGCUUGUUUGCCUCAUUCAUUGACUUGUAUCAUGCGCCUCCCAGCGCCAAGCUGGCAAUGUCGAAUGCCAAGACAAACGCAUCGGCUCCGGCCGAUGAUACAGCCACAUUAGAGCUACUACGCGAAUCAUGGACUGGUCUCCAUCAGCGUCUGCGCCUUAUGAACUAUAAGCCGCUAUCGCAACGUUUUCUAGUCAAUUUGCUGCCGACGCGUCUGCAUCUGCUGCUCGAACUGCCAUAUGAACGUUUCUUCGAUGACUUGGCCCAGCUGGUGCUCGACCUGUACGCUGGAGCGUCGCAGCUGGCGCUGCAAUGCAAGCGGGUAAGCGAGAAUGUCGCUUCCGUGAUGGAGAUUUGCGUCCAGACCAUAACAGAGAGUAAUGAGUGGAAUGGCGUGGACGGACUUUGGAAACGGCGAGCUCACCAACAAAAGGUGGCCGCCUGUUUGGAGAUACUUUCACUUUAUGCCUUCCUUUUAUCGGUGCUAAACGACAAGCUGCAAACCAGCACGAAGACAAAAACAAAAAAGAAACCCAGUGGAGAUAAUAAAUCACAGGACACACCACAUCCAAUCAGCGAAAAGGAGCGCAGCCAGAUGUUGCAGGAAUUGAUGCGUCAAUUGAAACAUAAACUAGAAGCUUGCGACGCAGCCUUACGCACCUGGAAAGCACCGACCCUGCCUCGUGAUCUUAGUUCGUUUAUGGCAGACAUGUCACUGAAGCCGGAAGUUGAAGCGACGCUAAUUGGCGAUGUAUCCGCCACAUUUAAGGAGUCCCAUGAGCUGAUGGUCACCGAACUGCGCAACUUGUUAAAGGACAAAAUCCGUAUAGUGGGCAAAUAGAAGAGUUGCCCGUGACUUUGCUGUGCAAAGUCUUAUUUGUCUCCCAUUAUUAAAAUCAUUCAGCCCAGUUUGUUAUUUAAUAUUUUAAACAAGGCAAUAUAUGCCUAGCUCGGUCCUCCCUUUCCACUCCACCUACUUAUUAUAGUAACCAAUCAAAUUAGAUUCUUGUGCACUUUUUCACUUUCAAUUAUUCGGCAUUUUUAUACAACAAGUAAAGAGUUGUAAACUGGCUUGUUAAGUGAACGAUUCAUAAGUUGAAAUAAAACCAGAUUAAAUAAUAUACAA